UCCUCAUCAGCCAGCCGCUGUACUCGAUCGACCCUGUUGACCAUCAUCAGGAGACAUCCAUCCACCUUCCCUGUCUCUGUCCCCACAUCCAUCCCAUCCCAUCCCAUCUCAACAACAACAACAACAACAACAUCCACACACACACACACCCUAUCAUCUCCAUCUUAAGCUUGUCACUUUACUUGAAUAGAGCUCAGCUUGCCUGAUUACCGAUCGUCAUUCACCAGCACCUUCUCGACCGAUUCAAAUCCAUCCAUGGAGCCAGCCGGAAUCACCAACGAUAAUAAAAAUGAUCUACCCUCUGAUCCACCCGCCGUUCCGGAUCAGCAACUGUCCUCAGAUAAACCCAACUCAUCACUGGCCACCGAUAAAUCAUCUCCUACUGCAAAAGCCCGCCCCACAGGCACCAAUGGCCCUGCGAAACGAGGGAUUGCUGCUGCAAUCGCAGCCUUUGAAAAAGGUACAGGCGAUAAAACCACUUCUCCCAAAGCCAGUCCUGCCGUCGUAAAGAGGACCACAACAACUACCUCUCACUCCAAAGAGCCUUCCCAUGCUACCGAUAAUGGUCAAGUUACCAAUCAGCCUUCUGCGCCAGCGCCAGCUCCAGCUAAAACCACACCCACAGUCAAGAAGGAGUCAACUCCUGCUGUCAAGAAAUCUGAGCCUGCUCCUUCCAACAAAGCUCAUCCACGUGUUUCUACCACCACUGCCGCCCCCGCCCCCGCCGCCAAACCGCCCGUUCGCGCUUCUACUUCUACUCGACCUGUACCUGGACGUACAGUCACCAAACCGUCUGCGAAUGCAUCAGCUUCCCCACCAGCACCGGCGGCCUCCCGCAGGACAAGCAUAAUCUCUACUGCUACCCGGGUGCCACCUAAGACGACCACGACCAGUGCGGUUGCCACGGCAGGUACCGCUCGAAAGCUUCCUUUGAAUAACACGGCUUCAACCGGAUUACGAAAUGCGCAAAGUACUCUUGCCCCCGGAAGGAAAAUGUCCACUGCGCCUCCUGCAAUGACUGCAAAGACCACUACUGCAAGACCUGCCGCCAAUGCUUCUAGCCAGCUCACUGUCGAGUUGGAAAACAAGCUAUCACAAGCCGAGCUCAAACUGGCCGCACGCUCCGAGGAAUUAGCAACCCUUGAAGCUCGAUUGGAAGAAGCCACAAAGAAUGCGGUUACUGAACAGGAGAAACUAACGACCGAGAUCAAGUGCCUCAACGCUAAGUUGGAAGAAGUAGCAAACUCUUCCCAAACCGAAUCCCCUAGCUCUGCUGCUACAGUUGAAACGAUGAAAGCCGACCUGGAAACUGCCAAGCUUCGGAUCGCAGAACUUGAGGGCGUAGUUGACUCGCAUCAGAAAGACCAAGCCGAUCUACAAAACCGACAUCAAGAGUCUUCAACUGAGGUUGCAAAACUUGAAGCAUCGGUUAAAGAGCUGAAACAGCAGUUAGACGAAGCCAUUAAUUCCAAAGAGGCUGCGAUCGAGGAGGCUUCCAGUCACCACACCAAGGAAUUGGAAUCUAAGCUAAACGAGGCCCGAAUCGAAUUCGAGACGCAGAAGUCUACUCUUGAAUCACGCUUAGAAGAACUGGAACGCCAGUCUAAAGACGCCCAAAACGAAGCCACCACUCAGAUUGAGGCAACUCUCUCUGCAGAACUUGCCACGAGGACCGAAGAAGCCUCUCAAAAGCAUUCAGAGGAGUUGGAACAAUUGAAGGCUCAACACGCUUCACAGAUCGAAAACCUCACCAGCGAGCAUGAGUCUGCACUUCGAAGCUUACGUGAGGACCUUGAGGCUAAGCUCGCAGCUGCAGAAAAGGCGGUCGCGGAGAUUCAGGAGGCGACAGCUUCGUCGGAUGCUUCUCGCAAAGAAGAGCAUGCACAAGAGCUCACAAGUGCUGUUGAGAAAGCGAAGUCGGCUGCGAAAGAAGAAUUUGAUUCCAGUGUUGCUAAGUUGAAGGAAGAACACGAUGCUGCGCUUUCCAAGUUGGAAACACAGAUCACAGAGAUCAAGGAAUCCAAGUCGGUCAUGAAAAAUGAAUUGGACGAGUUGAUGUCUCAGAAUGAAGCGUUGAUUGCUGAAAAACAGGCGCUGGAAGAACGACUUUCGAGUGACAUCGAAGCGCUUAAAGCGGAGCAUACCGUUCAACUUGAACAAGAGUAUCAACGAGCAAAAGACGAAUUAAACGAAUCUCACAUCGACCAGCUCAAAUCCUUCCGUCAAACAUCCCAAGAAUCUACUGAACAGUUGUUACAAUCUCACAGAGCUGAGCUGGAGGCAGUGCAGUCUGCCUUACAUUCUGAUUUUGCGUCCGAAAAAGCUACCCUUGAAGCUGGACUUGAGCAAGCUAAACUAGAGCUUUCAGCUCUACACUCGGAUCUUUCGUCGACUCAGAAGAGCAAACAAGAUCAAUCGGACAAAAUCAAUCGGUUGACAGCUGACCUCGAAGCCGCCCGUGCUGCUCUAGCAGAUUUAGAGUUAAAAGCAAAUCAGCCUGUCAAAUCGGACGAAUUAGAAGAGCUCCAGAAAGCUUUGCAGAAAACCAAGCAAGAUGCUGAAGACCAACGACUCCAAUUAGAAAAGAAUCAGGAAGAAUUGGUUGCCAAUUUCGAACACGCGCGUGAGCUUCACUCUAAAGAAACUACCAAGCACAUCGAAGAGAAAACCCUUUUGCAGAAGGAAUUGGCGACCUUCAAAGAACGACUUGAAUCAGGUGAUGAUAGAAUCAAAAUGUCACAGGCUUUGGUUGACGAACUUAGCCAAACGAUUGAACAAGAAAUGUGCAAGAAAGAAGAACUCGAAGCUCAGUUGAAAAAUUUGAAGAAAUCACCGGGAUCUCAAACAGGCGAGGGAAACAGUCACAAUACGAAUUUGAUCGAACUGCACGAAGCCCAUAAUUUGAAGAUAUUGGAACUGACAAACGAGGUCGAAAAAUGGAAAGACAUCGCUGCGAAGAAGGAAGAGGAAGCGGAGGAGAAGCAGUUUAGGAUCAAGUUGCUAGAAGAAAUGAUCGAAAAAGAUGAUGAUGAUGAAGAUGAUGACGCCAAGAAGAAUGAUAAUCACGAUGAAGCACCGCAUGGACUCUCUAAUGCAAACACGACUUUUGUCAACAAAAACGAGAUGGAUGAUGACGACGAAGAGCAUCAAGAGGAUCUUGACCAUCAUUCUAAGAUCCAAGCUGAAGAAUCUCCCAAUAACUAUAACCAAGACCUUUCGAUCAAAUUCGUCGCUUAAUUGCUUAUCUCUAAUCGUUCAUCACAUUUAUUUUUUUCUUCGACUUGGUUUCCAGAAAACAAGAUUAUUUUUUUGCUUCCCUUCUUUUCUCAAUUGAAUGCUAGACUUUUUGUUUUGUUGAAUUUCCUUAAUCACGUGGAAUCAUUACACAUGGAUUCUUUUUUUUUUGUUAUCUUUUAUUUUGUUUCUGUUGAGUUUCGUCCUUUUCGGUUUUAGAAGAAAUGCAUGAUCCCCUCUUUGCAUAGUUGUUGGCACACAGAGGAAAAGUCAAAGUUGGGUUGAUCAUCAGUUAUCAUCGUUUUCUCAUUUGUUAGUUUAUGUAAGUAAUUAUGUAUAUACAUGUUCGGUUUAAUCGCACCCCAAGCAAAUCAGUCACAAGUCGCUCAAAGAAACCAAACUUG